AUGAAUGUUGAAUCAAAUUUCUCACGAGUUGCACCUUCAGUCUUUGAUGGAGAAAGCUACGAUCUUUGGGCUGUCAAAAUGGAAACUUAUCUGGAGGCUCUAGAUCUUUGGGAAGCUGUAGAAGAAGAGUAUGAAGUUCUUCCGCUGCCGGAAAAUCCUACCAUGGCCCAGAUCAAAAUUCACAAGGAGAGAAAAACUACAAAAGCAAAGGCAAAAUCAUGUCUAUUUGCUGGUGUUUCUCAAACCAUCUUCACAAGAAUUAUGACUCUUAGAUCAGCAAAAAUAAUUUGGGAUUAUUUAAAGGAAGAGUACGCUGGGGAUGAAAGAAUAAGAAGCAUGCAGGUACUUAAUUUAAUGAGGGAAUUUGAAUUGGAAAGGAUGAAAGAGUCUGAAAAAAUCAAAGAAUACUCAGACAAAUUGUUGGGUAUUGCCAACAAGAUAAGGUUGCUGGGCAGCAAUUUUCCUGAUUCUAGAAUUGUUGAGAAAAUUCUGGUAACCGUGCCAGAAAAGUAUGAAGCAUCUAUUGCUUCCUUGGAGAACACAAGAGAUUUGUCUAAAAUCACAUUUGCAGAAGUGCUACAUGCAUUCCAAGCCCAAGAGCAAUGA